CACGACUACCACGGUUUCAUACUCUUAACGAUUCAAAAUGCCUUCAGCUACGACUCCCCUCGUGAACGAGAAGGGCAUUUCUCCCCCUCCCCAGGAGAAGGUCGCUUUCCCUCUGGGCUUCUUUAGCCCUAAGGUCCGCCCCUACCUGGAGUUGAUUCGUCUCCACAAACCCACAGGAACAAUCCUUAUGUUCUGGCCCUUCGCCUGGGGCUUGACUCUCGCCGCCUACAAGAAUGACCUCCCUCUGCAUCGUUACUGGGUCGAGCUCGCGAAGUCUGCCUUCAUCGCUGAACUCGUCCGUGGUUCAGCAUGCACAAUCAACGAUAUUUUUGACCGUAAAUUUGACGCCGGUGUCGAGCGCUCCAGGGGAAGGCCUUUGCCCAGCGGCCGUGUUACCGUCUUCGGCGCCCUUGUCUACCUCGUUGUCCAAUACCUCAUCGGCAUCGUCUUCUACUCGACCUACCCCAACACGCUCUCCAUCUAUGCCGGUCUCGUUCAGCUCCUCCCCCUCUUCUUGAUCUACCCCCUCAUGAAGCGCAUCACCUACUUCCCCCAGGCAUGGCUCGGUAUCGCUAUGAACUUCUCGCUCGUUGUUGGCUGGGCUUCCGUCACGGGUUCGCUCGACUAUGAGCUCCUUUUGGUCCUUCUCGUCGGCGCCUGGGGCUGGACGAUGCACUACGACACGAUCUACGCCUGCCAAGACCGUCGCGACGACGUCAAAGUCGGUGUCAAAUCCACCGCCGUCUUCCUCGGUGACUACGUCGGCCCCGUCUGCUUCGCCCUCGCCAUGAUGUUCGUCGGCACGCUCUAUUAUGCCGGUGUCCUCAACGGCCAGUCGCACUACUAUUUCUGGAUCUCCGUCGGAGGGUCGGCGGCACAUAUCGUUUACCAGUAUGCUGUUGUCGACUUGGACAGCCCUCCCAGCUGUGGACGUUUCUUUGACCAGAACGGACACAUGGGUCUCAUCACCUGGGCUGGCAUGAUGCUUGACUACCUUGUCAAGAUUGACGCUCUCCCCUUCAAAUUGCCCUUCUAA